GCUGAGCUCAGAUUUUCGUCGAGAUUCGAAGACGACAAGAAGAGCACAGCAGAAGUCAGCAUAUCAAGCCAGUGUUUCUUUAGUAUCUAUAGUAUUUAAUUACCCGUCGUCUUACUGCUCUUGAACACGGCCGGCGGAACUGCUGGCCGAAACGGGUUCGUCUUUUCCCCUCAUUUUGACACGUCGUUAGGCCCCAAGCGGCUACCAUGGAUUUUUGAAGGGCAUAAUGCGGCAACUGUAAUGCAAUGGCAAUGCAUCGGCAAAACCCACCUCUCACCCCCAUCGUCGCAACUGCCAAGCAGUUGGGCUCAAGUACCGUCCGCGGUAUACCAUCGAGCCAACCGGUACCGCUGCUGUUGGACCGGAGGAAGCUAACGUUAGCCAGCUAGUUGGCCUGAGGCGACGACUUGGCGGAAGUCAAUCCAUAGAUUCAUCAUCAUCUUGUUUUUUACUAAACAAACGUCGCGUUUGAUACACAAAAUGAAGCCUCAAGACAUCUUGGUCGCCAAGAGCAGCCUGUGGAUCUUCGGCUACGGCUCUCUGGUGUGGAAGCCCGACUUCAAGUACAAGAGGAGCAAAUUGGGCUACAUUCGAGGUUACAAGAGACGUUUCUGGCAUGGCGACAACUUCCACCGAGGCAACGACGAGUUGCCCGCACGAGUGGUGACGUUGAUCCCAGAGGAUGACGCGAGUACGUGGGGCGUGGCGUUUGAGGUGACGGGCACUCAAGUGGAGGAGGCCCUGAAGUACCUGGAUGUCCGUGAGGGCAAGUGCGGCGGCUACGUCACCCAAAUGGUGGAGUUCCACCCCGAAGGGCACGAGCAGCCAUCUGUGCCGGCGCUGCUGUACAUCGCCACUGCCGACAACCCCAUGUACCUGGGGCCCGCCUCGCCCGAGGAGAUCGGCGCCCGCAUCGCCGUGUGCCAGGGCAAGACGGGCCACAACCUGGAGUACCUGCUCCGGUUGGCUGCCUUCAUGAGGAGCAGCUGCCCUCAGGUGGAGGACCACCACCUGUUCUCUGUGGAAGCAGCGGCCCUGUCCAUGGUGGCGUACAUGUUGGCGGCGCAGUAAAACAAAAAACCCUCAUAUGAGGCUUGUCAUCAGUUGACGUGUAAUAAGUGAAUGCACUGUAAUGCUAAUAUGCACACUUAAAUGUUGACGUCCAUUCACACUGCAUUGACGGUUGUGUAUCAAAAGCUGUAACAAUGUGAAAAGAUGUCAUAAUAAAACAUGGAACAAAUACA